AUGGGCUUCUAUAAAAUUAAACCGUUGGGCUCCCCUAAAACCUACACGGUAUAUUGCAACUGUGAGUGGGUCGGCACCAUCUACGCCUUCAAAAGAGUAAUUCCCCCUCCUCGAUCAUGUCGACCUAUAACUUACCACCGAACGUGGGAGGAAUACAAAAGAGGAUUCGGCGACAUCGACUGCGGCGAGUACUUCCUCGGGCUGGAAACCAUCUACCAACUGACAAUGUUUGAAAAACUUCAAUGGAACAUAUACAACUUAGUUGACGGGGCACCGUUCAAAAUAGCAAGUAUUUACCUAGAGAACACAGUCCUCGAGUCAGAGACGACUGGUUAUAGUCUUAACUUUGAUCGAUAUUUCACCUUACCUGACGAAUAUGGAGACGACGCCUUUAGAACCUUGGAGAAGCCGAGACGCUUCUGUACAUAUGAUCGGGAUUGUUGGGGGUGCGCCCGCCAAGAAAGAGGGGGCUGGUGGUUCACAAGGAAGUGUGAUGGAGGAGCUCUGACUGCAGGACCGGAUAUGAUGUACUGGCCCGUCCACAGAGUGUUCAAAGUCAUUAACCAGACAUUUCUACAGCUGGAUCACAUGUCUUACUUCUAA